UGAGUAUAGGAGAUCUCAAAACACAAAACAGCAUAUGUCCCCUCAAAGGCGCCUCCUUUCUUCCACCACCAUUAAACAAGGGAAUACCAGAGUGAAAGAAAUAGAUACAAAGAAACCCUAAACACAAAUAAACCUCUAAUGGCGGAUUCAAAAGCAGAGGUGUCACUAAAAGAUGAAGGUAAUGCGUUUUUCAAGGCUGGAAAUUACCUAAAGGCUGCUGCUUUAUACACUCAAGCCAUCAAGAAAGAUCCUCAAAACCCUACCCUUUACAGCAAUCGCGCUGCAGCAUUUCUAAACCUUGUUAAGCUCCAGAAAGCACUUAGCGAUGCUGAAACAACGAUAUCUUUGAAUCCCAGCUGGGACAAGGGUUACUUCAGGAAAGGAUGUGUAUUAGAGGCCAUGGAGCGAUACGAUGAUGCAUUGGAUGCUUUUAGAAUAGCCUCACAGCACAAUCCACAAAGCACAGAGGUGUCGAGAAAGAUCAAGAGGCUUACACAGUUGUCAAAGGAUAAAAAACGGUCUGAAGAAGUGAACAAUCUGAGAUCCAAUGUUGAUCUAGCAAAACACUUGGAUGGUUUCAAAUCUGAAUUGGCGCAGAAGCAUGUAGAUGAGGAAGUUUUCUCUUUUGUGGUAGAAACAAUGGAGAAUGCUGUUAAAUCAUGGCAUCAAACGUCAAAUGUUGAUGCGAGAGUUUAUUUCCUGCUCGACAAGGAAAAGACCGACACUGAAAAAUAUGCACCUGUGGUCAACGUUGACAAGGCAUUUGAGUCACCCCAUACACAUGGUGACUGUGUUUCAUUUCUAAGGCAAUACGCUGUGGACUCUUUUUCUCGAGCAGCGUGCUUAGUUGUACCAAAGAAUGCCAUAUCAUACCCACAGGUGUGGAAAGGACAGGGACCGAGGAAAUGGAAGCAUGGACAAAGCGAUGGGUUUUUUGUGGAGUUUGAGUCACCGCUCCUCAGACAAGAAUGGUUCAUUCCCAGUUCUUCAGAGAAAGGCCAAAUAUUGUGCAGGGAUCCGGUGGCAUUAGAUAUCAAUGCACAUGAAGUGAUUCCAAAGAUAUUUAAAGACUAGUCAGUUCAGUCACACCUUAUUGUGGAAUGGAUGAAAUCUGCAUUUGCAAAAAACCUGGAUACACUUGUGAGAGCAACACCUAAGAAAGUUUUUCUUCAUUUUUUUUGGCUAUCAAAAUUUCAUUUGAUUUUGUGUUGGUUUGAUUUGCAUCCCAAUGACAGUAUGUGUCGAGUUCGUUGCAUAUGUACUUAGAAAAUCGUUCAUUAAAUACCGAGUUAGUAGCUUUGGAACCCUUUUUC